AGGGAGAGAGAGAGAGAGAGGAGAGGGUGUCCCGUCUGCGCGGAGCAUAGACAGACAACAGGGAACAGCUGCAGCGUGAGGCUCGCGUAGGAUUUCACUGCAUUGCGAUUGAAAAUAUCAAUCAUUUCAUCCCCAAAAAGCCGAGUAGAAGCGGCUCUGCACAGCAACCAAACCUCAUCCACAAACAUGGUCGACCGCGAGCAGCUGGUGCAGAAAGCCAGGCUGGCUGAGCAGGCUGAGAGAUACGAUGACAUGGCUGCAGCUAUGAAAUCGGUAACAGAGCUGAACGAGGCCUUGUCCAAUGAGGAGAGGAACCUCUUGUCUGUGGCUUACAAGAACGUGGUUGGUGCCCGCCGCUCCUCCUGGAGGGUGAUCUCAAGCAUUGAGCAGAAGACCUCAGCCGAUGGCAAUGAGAAGAAGAUUGAGAUGGUUAGGGCCUACCGGGAGAAGAUUGAGAAAGAGCUGGAGGCCGUGUGCCAGGAUGUGCUCAACCUCCUGGACAACUUCCUGAUCAAGAACUGCAGCGAAACACAGCACGAGAGCAAGGUGUUCUACCUGAAGAUGAAGGGCGACUACUACCGGUACCUGGCUGAGGUGGCCACAGGCGAGAAGAGAGCCACCGUGGUGGAGUCGUCAGAGAAGGCCUACAACGAGGCCCAUGAGAUCAGCAAGGAGCACAUGCAGCCCACCCACCCUAUCCGCCUGGGCUUAGCUCUCAACUACUCUGUGUUUUACUACGAGAUCCAGAACGCCCCGGAGCAGGCCUGUCAUCUGGCCAAGACCGCCUUCGACGACGCCAUCGCCGAGCUCGACACCCUCAACGAGGACUCCUACAAAGACUCCACUCUCAUCAUGCAGCUGCUCCGAGACAACUUGACACUGUGGACAAGUGAUCAGCAGGAUGACGAGGGAGGGGAGGGCAACAAUUAAAGAGAAACCACACUUCGAAAAAAAAUAUGAAGGGCCGGUGGACUUUGGCAGCCGCUUUUGCCGAUGAUACUACCGCAGCAGCAGUUCUUUAUUUUUCCAUGUGUUAAAAGAAAAGAAUCAAAAGAGAGGUGAGAGUGGAGGUUAAAUCUUAGUUUAAAUAUAUAUAGAAAUAUAUAUACAGUUGAAAGGGGCCUCCGUCUUCUUGAUUUUCUCUUUGACAUUUGCCAAAACCACUGAUAUGUCAGUCAAUCAGCCUGAAGUGGUUGUUGUUGGAUUGAAAUGGCAGCCUCACACUGGCAUAGGAACUGAUCUUGUUCUGUCAAGAUAAGCUGCUUAGUUAGGUUUUCGUGUGAUAGAGAUGCAUUUGAGUCACUUGAGAGAGAAAAUGCUUGAAUGGGAAUGCCUCACAAAAACUAGUUUGCAUUCAUUCCAGCAGUUGUCUCCAUACAGUAUGAGAACGGGCCCUGAAAGGAAUGGAUGUUAAACUCACACCAACACUGAGAAAAAAGAAAAGUUUCAAACUGAUAAAAAUAAAAAAUCUAAUUAAAUAUCCCCCAAAUUUUAAAGGAUAAAUUACAUGGGAGCGUUAAUUAAGAAUGUUUAGAUAAAACUGAUACCCCUCCUUCUGUCUAAAGUGUAUUUGGCAUCUCACAGAUUAGUCUGUUUAGUCACUGGAACCAUAGAUUCUUUUGGAGGUGAAGAUUAUUAAAGGCAGAGACUUAACGAUAUAAAACGAUAAAAAAAAAAAACAAGACAAAAAAUGAAAAUAAAAGCAGCUUCAGAGUUUGUGGUUUACUUCUGUGUUUGUUUUAUUAAAUGCACUUGCCUACAAUACUGUUUCUUCAGUGUACGAUGAUGACAACAAUAAUAUCGAUUAUUCAAUAUUGUGCAUGCUGGUGAUGUAUUUAUAUACAGUAGCUUGACUUUAUUAACUUAUACUGUGCGUGUUAAGUAUUCAUAUGAUUGAGAAAACAGGCUUUGUCUGAUGUUGAUUUCUAAUUUAUUUCAUUUUAUGGUUUUUGAUUUGCUAUACCAAAAUGGUGAUCGUAAAAUUGACACUGUAAUGGGCGUUGCUAUAGUGACAUGCAAUAGGUGUAUUUAAUUUGUUAAUAAAAGGAAAAAAAAAGGAAAAUAAAAACCCACCAGUGAUCACUUAAUCUUACCAGCUGGUGUUUGUCACGAUGACGUAUGAUUAUGAUAUAUUUUGUUCAUUGAACAGUAUUUCAGUACUUUUUUCUGUCAUGCUAUCCAGUUUUGAUGAUGGUGAAGUUUUCAGGCUCAAUGUUUCUGUUAUGAUUCACAGACAUGGACCAUAUUUUAUUUCUGACAGUAUACAUUUUUUUUGUUUGUUUGUUUUUAUACCUUUUAGCUGUUCCUGAGUGACAAAAUAUCUUGAAUGUGAGUCAUUAUGUAGCAGUUGCACAAGAACCGAAAUAAUAGCUAUGAUAAUAAAAAAGAAUAUGACUAAAUUAUACAUGCACCAUUUCUGUGGUGGUCUAGUGUAUUGUUGUACUGUCACCCAUAAGUACAUUUGUUUUUAAGGGAAAACCAUUUCAUUGAGAACAUGUUUUUAAUGCUUUGUUUUGUGCCCUAAGUACAGUAUGUGCUUUUUCUUUUUGUGCCUGUAUUAUUAUUUAAUAUGCCUCAUUUGCAACUUAACCAGAAAAAAUAUAUAUAUCUGCCAGUAUUUUAAGUUCAUGCAAGCAUGUGUGCAAGAUGUAACGCAACAUUUUCCCAUCAGUGGUUCAAUGUGUCUGCUCUCUGUACAGCACACACUGUAGAUAUGAAUAUUCAACACCAAUGCACAAAUACAGUCACAGAGAAAACACAGGCGAUUCACUAGAAUUGGUUAUUGAUUAGUCAAAUGCGAGAAUUCACAAAACAAACAUUUAGACACUACAGGAGGCUGCGCAAGAGCACAGAAAGCUGCUGAACUGAUUUAUCUUCAUAAUGCUGCUAGUUCUAUAGAUGAUUAUAUUAAUAUAUUCAGAGGGCAGGUUAUUUUUCCUUAUUAAUGGCAGUUUAAGUGGACAGUUUUACUUUUUCUUCAGACGUGAUUAAGAGAGAAACCAAAAGCCUUAAGGUCAGUCACACACCCUUCAUGUUUGCCAAUUAUGUCACCAUCAUGAGUCAGCCUCCAUGAGCUCACAUCUAUGUCACAGCUGCUUUGAUUUAUUUUUAACAUCGUAUAAGGUUGGCGGUCUCGAAGGCUCUCCUGACGAUUCACAUAAGAUCCCAAUGCCAAACUGCUCACACAGCUUAUGAGUAUUGGAACAGAGUUGAAUCCUGUACGAUUUCAUUUUUAAGUCACGUGUUUUAAGUGCAAACUGAAUAUUUCUCACGUUUUUGUUUUUCUUUGUUUCAAUAUUUUUUGCAAAACCAUGUCAGGAGACUUUCACUCAUUGCCAAGAAUACAUGCAUUGUGUUCCUUUUUAAUUCUUUUCCUUUUCUCAGUGGUUUGUGUUUUAAUUUUGUGUCAUUAUUUCAGAUGUUGUUACUUGUCUCAGUGACAGGAAAACACAAAUACAAGCUCUGACAAGGAAAGAAUAAGAUUAGAUAGAACUGACCUACUGGAAAUUAGCAAGCGGGGGGACAAUAGCUGAAAAUGGGAAAUAAACUGUAUGCUCUGAGGAAGUUUUGUUUGCCAUCUGUUGCCCAUUAAAGUUAUUUGUUUAUCUGUA